GACUUAGCUGCAUGCAAACCCGGUGUGUGGCGUGCGCUUGGAGGGACUCGAGAUGGAGCGCCUAACUUUGUUUGCUUUGGCUAUCACUUUAAUCGCGACAGUUUUUGCCGCGAAAUCCCCGUACCAAGCCGUUCUUCAGCACAGCAGAAUAAGAGGAAGACCUCAUGGCCCAAAUGUUUGUGCUAUGCAGAAGAUUCCAGGCACGGAUAAAAAGUACUUCACCAACUGCAAGCAAUGGUAUCACCGCAAAAUAUGCGGCAAACCAACGGUGAUCAGCUAUGAGUGCUGCCCUGGCUAUGAGAAAGUUAUUGGAGAGAAGGGUUGUCCAGCAGCUCUACCUCUGGUGAACAUCUACAAAACCAUGGGUGUUGUUGGAGCCACUACUACUAAGAUGUACUCAGAGAGAGCUAAACUACAGGAGGAGAUUGAAGGACCUGGCAGCUUCACAUUCUUUGCCCCCAGCAAUGAGGCUUGGUCUGCACUGCCCACUGAAAUUCUGGAUGCCCUGGUGAGCAACGUCAACAUUGAACUCCUCAAUGCUCUGCACUACCACAUGGUCAACAAACGCUUGACAUCAGACGACCUUAAGCAUGGUGCUGCCUUCCCCUCCAUGUAUCAAGAUUUUGAUGUUCAUAUCAACCAUUAUCCUAAUGGAAUUGUGACAGUGAAUUGUGCAAGGCUGGUGAAGACAGACCAGCAUGCCACCAAUGGAAUUGUGCAUGUCGUUGACAGAGUAAUCACUGCCAUAACAAACAACAUCAACUCUUUUAUUGACACUGAUGAUGACCUAGAGACUCUGCGGACUGCAGUUGCUGCUGCUGGUCUUACCACUUUGUUGGAGAAUGAGGGCUCUUACACAAUCUUUGCUCCAACCAAUGAAGCCUUUGAGAAGAUUCCUCCAGAAACACUGAACAGAAUUUUGGGAGACCCUGUUGCUCUUAAAGAUCUUCUAAAUUACCACAUUCUUAAGAACCUGCACUGCUCUGAGUCCAUUGUGGCUGGAACACCUCUGGAAACCUUACAGGGCACCGUGCUGGAAGUUGGCUGUGAUGGUGAAGAGAUGACCAUAAAUGGCAAAGCCAUCAUCAAGCAAAAAGAUAAGCUUGGAACCAAUGGAGUUGUUCACUACAUCAAUGAACUCCUCAUCCCUGACUCAGCCAAGACCCUCCUGGAGCUUGCAGAGGGAUCAGAUGUUACUACAGCCACAAAACUUUUUAGCGAUGCUGGUCUUAGGGAUCAUCUCACUGGCUCUGAGGCUGUGACUUUGUUAGGCCCCGUGAAUGAAGCUUUUAAAGGCAAGAGCUUGACCAUGACACCUGAUAUGAAGAAACUACUCAGGAACCACAUUCUAAAAGAGAAGCUAUCCUCCAAAAGCCUUUACCAUGGACAGGAGUUGGAGACCCUUGGUGGAUUGAAACUUAGAGUGUUUGUGUACAGAAAUAACCUGUGCAUUGAAAAUGCCUGUAUUGCUGCUCAUGACAAAAAUGGACGCUUUGCAACAAUGUUCAUCGUUGAUAAGCUACUGACACCCCCCAUGGGAACUGUUAUGGACGUCCUGAAGUCAGAUAAUCGGUUCAGCACCUUGGUUGGCGCCAUUCAGAGAGCAGGUCUGACAGAGCUCUUGAACAAAAAGGGAACCUACACCUUCUUUGCUCCCACCAAUGAUGCUUUCAAUGCUAUGCCCACCGCCGAACGCACCACACUCAUGAGAGAUCCUAAGGAGCUGGCCAAUGUUCUGAAAUACCACAUUGGUGACGAGUUUCUGGUCAGCGGUGCAGUGACCUCACAUACCAGAAUGAAGACCCUUGCAGGAGAUAGAGUGGAAUUAGGCACGCAUAAUUCCACCAUAUACGUGAACAGGGUGCCUGUUGUCGAGGGUGAUAUGAUGGCCACGAAUGGUGUUGUACACGCUGUGGAUGUUAUCAUAAAGCCACUGCCUCCUAAAACUGUGAGUGACCAGGCUGAAGGGUCUAUGACAAUCAGACGCACCUCUGCUGUCAGGGCUGGCUCUGUGGUAAUGAAAAAUGAUGAUCUCUUCUGGAAGGUUCUGAAAAGUCAGAGCAGCAGAACAAUGUCUCGUAUCCAGUAAACACAGUUCUGUGGAGUAAAAGAAUAGUUCAAUUUGACCUUCGCCACUUUAAGAGGACGGAAAAAUACAGUUGUUCCUUAUCGUAUUUUGAACAGUGGAGAAAAAAUUAUAAGACUAAAAAAAUCCAGCCAACAAAAUACAGAAUGCAGAAGAUGGAAGCGAUAAACAGUUCAGCAUUACAACUUUGCGGCUUUUUUAAAUCCCAAAGGCCUAAAUUUGGAUAAACUGCAAUGUUUUACAAAUAUUUUAUCAGUCUGAUGACAGUAGUUUUGUAUGGCACUUCAUUUUUUUUUUUUUAAUACUCAUUCGACUUCUGUUUUGCAAUGAAUAGUCCAUUAAGGCUUCUUUUGUUUUUACAAUUUGUUUUCAUUUUUAUAGUGUUUUUUUUUUUUUUUUUUUUUUUUUGAUUGUUGUAUUUGAUAUACCUGUAGCAUGUUUUGCAUGGUUUAAGCUGGAACAAAUGCUAUUUGGGCACAUAAAAAAUGCAGAUCAAGUUUAUGUCUUCAGUUCCCGUGGUCUUAAAUAUAACUUGCAAAUUAUUUUUUACGUACUGUACCAAAAACUUUUGUGUGAAACCAAAGAUCCCGAUCUGCACAGUUCAUAAUAAAAUGAAAAUUUUUUUGUAGCUAUGAGUUCUAGUUUACAUAUAACUAGUCGGUGCCCUUGAACGUAGUUCAAAGUGAUUUCACAAUGUGGUGGAUUGUCAUAAUGUGGUCAUUAAUGUGUGUGUGGCAAUUAAAAGUGUGUUGGCAUUUCAUCUUUUUAGCUCAAAGGCACAUUUUAUAUUUAAAAAAACAACAGGUUUAAAAAAUACCAGCAGUAACUGAAUAGGGUUUUGCUUAAAAAUAAAAGAUCAUUUUGAAUGAUA